GCGGGUCGGCCACUUGACACUACACAGAUUUGGGCCUGCAACUUGAACCACCCACUGCACGCACCCGUUGCAUCUGCUUACCACUGCACUGAAUCCCUUAACACCCGACUCUACAAUAUCGCGACUGCGCCUGGUCAACCAGCAAUUGCUCUCAAACUUGAUCGUCAGGGUGUCCCCGUGUGUCGCUAUGGAAUAACUCCGGGAGCACGUGCUUCCACUUUCGUCACGGCCAAAUGCGGUGACUAUAUCAUUCUACCAGUGUUCCGGAAAUCAUUAGGUGGGUUAGGAACACUGGCGUUACCUGAUGGAGGACCAGAUCAUCUCGGCGAUUCAAAUCGCUUAUGAGCCCUCCGCGGACCCUGCUCUCAAACGACAGGCUUUCGACUAUGUCAAUCAGUUGAGACAAGAACCCUCGGCAUGGCAGCCUUGCCUGGCCAUCUCCCUUCGUUCUCCUCGCCAACCUACCGUCAUUCGAGUUUUCUGCCUCGAAAUUGUCAAUAAUGCCGUUCAAGCAGGCUUGGUGGAUCCGCAAGGGUUGAAAGGGAUCAAAGAAGAGCUUAUGGCAUAUUUGCAGAAGUCUUACGGUGCUAGCGGACAAGAUUCCACUCCAGAUCCUGGAACGAUUGUCAACAAGUUUGCUCAGACCAUCACGUUCCUCUUUUCCGCCUUCUACGGUUCAGGGUGGGAGAGUUGUUUCGAUGAUUUAUUGGCUCUUACUGCGACUCCAUCAGGCUCCAGGAACAACUAUGCUGGCGUGAUUUUCUAUCUGACAGUGCUGAACUCCAUCCAUGACGAAAUCGGCGACCAGCUCCUUUCCAGAUCCCGGGCUGAGCAGGACCGUGCCAAUACCUUGAAGGACCUUAUCCGUCAAAGGGACGUUCAGAAGAUUGCACAUUCAUGGGAGGAGAUUUUAGCACAAUGGAGAACUACUAAUGACGUCGUGGCGGAGCUGUGUCUGAAAGCCAUUGGCAAGUGGGUUAGUUGGGUCGACAUCUCGUUCGUCGUCAAUCAACAGAUGCUUGAGUUGCUCUUCCAGCAGUUGGAGCGAGCUCAGAAAGUCAAUCUGCGCCCAGGCGAAGAACAAGCCCGAGAUGCUGCUAUCGACGUUUUUACGGAAACCGUGGCCAAGAAGAUGCCUCCCGCAGACAAGAUCAACGUGAUAACUUUUCUCAAUCUCGAAACAGUGGUUUCUCAGCUGGUUGCAUGUCCGCCGCUGAGCGACAGCCGUGCUUCAAGUUAUGACGUUGAUCUGGCGGAAACCAUUGCGAAGCUAGUCAACACCACGGUUGUUGAUAUAGUCAAAAUUUUGGAAAGCGAAAAUCAAGCCUCUCCGUCCUGGGCGAAGGCAGAGCAGCUUCUGGUUGCGUUCUUGCCACAUUUGCUCAGAUUCUUCUCGGACAUUUUCGACGAAGUUUGUUCCACUGUCCUUAAUGCAAUGAACGAUGUGCUCGCAUUCCUCCGCCGCACGAGCCAAGGCGAGGCGGCGUCAGCCCAAAGAGCCACGAUGCUCCUGCCUAUUCUCAAGGCCAUUUUCGCAAAAAUGCGGUAUGACGACACCGCAGACUGGGGCCAGGAGGACGAUCAAACCGACGAGGCAGAGUUUCAAGACCUUCGGAAGCGACUGGCCGCUUUGCAAUCUUCCAUUGCUGCCGCGGACGAGCAACUCUAUAUUGAGGCAAUCUCAGCCCUGGUUCACGAUACAUUCCAGAAAUUGAGAACGGAAGGAUCACAACUCAAUUGGCGAGAUCUGGAUCUUGCACUGUACGAGGUGUACUUGAUGGGCGACCUGGCAGUCAAAGCAGGCGGUCUCUACCAAAAGAAUAAACCCAACUCUCCUGCCGCAGAAAAGCUCAUUCGCAUGAUGCUUGAGAUGGUGCAGUCUGACACCGGUUCGUAUAAUCAUCCUGCUAUUCAGAUACAGUAUAUGGAAACCUGUGUCCGAUACAGCGCCUUUUUUGAAAAGCACGUUGAAUACAUCCGGCCGGUGCUGCAGAACUUCCUACAACUGGCCCACCACCCGAGUUUGAAGGUCAAGGCACGAGCAUGGUACCUGGUCCAGAGGUUCAUUCGACAGCUCCGUACGCAUAUUGGGGAUGCUGCGGAAGCCGUCGUGCAGAGCUUGCAGGAUCUGCUUGUCGUCCGCGCCGAGCUUCCGAAUGAGUCCGAUGGCGACGAUAUGUCUUCAGAUGGUGACUCGACGUCUGACUCGACAUUCACCAGCCAACUCUAUUUAUUCGAAGCUGUGGGCUGUGUAUGUGGCUCCCCUUCUCUCUCGGCCGAGAAGCAAGUUCAGUAUGUACAGGCGAUUAUGCAGCCAAUCUUCUCCGACAUCGAGCGCAACCUAGAAUCGGCACGGGCGGGCAAUGAGCUUGCCAGCCUUCAAGUCCACCAUGAUAUUAUGGCCUUGGGCACAUUGGCUCGAGGCUUCUCCGAUUUCCUUCCCGGCAACACUGCGCAAAGCAGCGGGGCGGAGCCGGCGCCGCAAGUCAAACAAGCAUUUGCACAAGUGGCAGAAGUCACACUUGUUUCUUUGACCGCCCUCAAAUCAUCCUUUCAGAUUAGAACUGCCGCGAGAUUUGCCUUUUCUCGGCUGAUCGGCAUGGUCGGCGCCCAAAUGCUCCAACAACUUCCUCAGUGGGUGGAAGGGCUCCUGACUGAAUCCUCUUCACGGGAUGAAAUGGCCCUAUUUCUUCGUCUUCUUGACCAGAUUAUCUUUGGCUUCAAGAACGACAUUUUUAACUUCCUCGACCAGUUGUUUUCCGGACUACUCCAACGCGUGUUUGCCGGGAUAGCAGCAACGACUUCUGGCACCGAUGACGAGAUUGAACUUGCCGAGUUGAAGCGAGAGUACCUCAACUUCCUGCUUGUCAUACUAGGAAAUGAUCUCGGCGGGGUUCUAGUCAGCGGUACCAACCAACCGAUUUUCGAAUCCGUCAUCAACUCUGUCGAACAUCUUGCGAGAGAUGUGGAGGAUUUCCCUUCCGCAAAGAUGGCGUUCAUACUUUUAUCACGAAUGUGCACUGUUUGGGGUGGUCCAGAUGUGGUUUCCGCCAACGGUCAAGCAAACGCCAACACGCCAGUACCGCAGCCAGCUCUUCCUGGGUUCGAUCAGUUCAUGAUCACCCGAUUUUCGCCUCUCUGUUGGGCGCUUCCGACAAAUCCUGCCUUCAACAGUAAAGACGCACAAGCUCGGCAAGCUCUUGCCGAAGCCGGCGGCUUGCAAAAGACCAUCUACACCAAGACUGGCCAACAAUAUCUGACAUGGUUGCAGGAGAAAGAGUUGCGAACCAUGGGCAUGAACGACAAUCUGAUCAAUGAGUAUUUGCAGAAACUGGCCACCAUGGAACCGAAGGCAUUUAAGACAUUCUUCCCAAAGUUCAUCGCUCAGGGAGGUCAAAUUUGAAAAGCAAUGGCGCCAAAAAAGAAGAUAAAAAAGCGUGUGACACGGACUGACGUGGACUGGAUGACGUGCAUAUGAUACCAAGGACUCGCGUGGAUUGUGUAAUGUAUAAGGGAUUCAUAGCCUCGAAUGAUGGAUGGCUAUUUUAAGACCUAGACAGAGAAUUAACUGCUCGCAAGAUACAAGUGACCAAGUACUGACAUUGUACUGGCAUGGCUAAGGCGUUUGGUGCAGUACAUUAGAAGUAGUUCUGCUUACAGUGUACUGUACAGUGGUAGAUGUGG